UAAAGUGGAAUACUCGCGAGAGACGAGAACAGGGAACCUGCUGCGUAGUUCGCUGUUUAUCUGUCAGAUUUGCUGCUUGUACUAUUAAAGUAUUAGAUAUGUAUAAAGCAAUAAACAAAAUCCGUGUAGGACAAUUGCACAAUCUCUUUCAAAGGUUCCAAAGCACUCUAGUGGUGGUAGAGCACAACAAUGACAAGCUGACACCCAUCACACUGAAUGCCAUCACUGCUGCCAACAAGGUGGGGGGUGAGGUGUCCUGCCUGGUUGCUGGAACCAACUGCACCAAGGUUGUAGAAGAGAUCAGAAAAGUCCAAGGGGUCAGUAAGGUGCUUGUGGCUCAACAUGAUUCAUACAAAGGGAUGUUACCAGAGGAACUGACACCUUUGAUUCUGGCCACUCAGAAGCAGUUUAACUUCACACAUAUCUGUGCUGGUGCGUCUGCCUUUGGAAAGAAUCUUCUUCCCAGAGUGGCUGCCAAGCUUGAUGUGUCUGCCAUUUCAGACAUCAUUGAAAUAAAAUCUCAAGACACCUUUAUCAGAACAAUAUAUGCUGGAAAUGCCCUGUGCACAGUUAAGAGUGGUGAAAUAGUCAAAGUUUUCACUGUAAGAGGCACGUCAUUCGAGCCUGCCUCUAGAGAAGGAGGAGAUGCUACCACUGAACAGGUUGGUUCAUCAGCUGCCAUAGGGGUUUCUCAAUGGCUAGAAGAGACCCUGUCCAAGAGUGACCGACCAGAACUCACCAGUGCUAAAGUGGUAGUGUCCGGGGGACGAGGCCUGAAGAAUGGUGAGAAUUUCAAACUGCUUUUUGACCUGGCGGACCAAAUGAAUGCUGCAGUUGGUGCUUCCAGAGCUGCUGUUGACGCUGGCUAUGUCCCCAAUGACAUGCAGGUUGGCCAGACUGGAAAGAUUGUUGCACCGGAACUCUACAUUGCUGUUGGCAUCUCAGGGGCCAUUCAACAUCUGGCUGGGAUGAAGGACAGUAAGACAAUUGUGGCCAUUAACAAGGAUCCAGAGGCUCCAAUCUUCCAAGUAGCGGACUAUGGCCUAGUGGCUGAUCUUUUCAAGGCUGUUCCUGAAUUGACAGAAGCAUUGAAACUUAAAUAGAUCUCUCAGAUAGAGAAGACUGAAGAUAAUACUAAAUCCUUUCAAAAUCACACACACAAACACACACCUACACAACCACCUACAUGUAAAUCCUGCCUUAUCUGGAUUUUAUCCUUUGAAAUUAGUGCUUUGUUUCUAGAUGUAAUAUAUAUUUGAUUGUAUCAUUUUGUAAUUAUAAUAAAACCAACUGCACUUGCUAAAA